GAGAUAAAUGCGUAUAUUAAUAUGCUCUAUUUUCUGUCGUUUCAUGCAUGAGAUUGCAUUAUUUCAGGGCAGUGUAAUCUUGGUAUCUUUGCUACUAAACACACACGGCGCAUUUUUAGACGUAGCUUAUGUUUGCAUGAAACCGCCUACAUGUACACAUCAUCAUCAUAUUAAACAGCAGCCGUGAUGUUUGAAUGGCAGACAUCAUUUGGUUUUGUGUGAACUUGAACGUGCACGGGCAGGAAAUAAAGCUCGCCUCUGGUCGUGUGUAACAGGGAAGUAAGACUUAUACGUUGGUAGAAGUUUUCGGUGUGCUCAAAUGCUCGGCACUCUAAGUUAAUUUGCCCUCGGUUAAAAAGAUAGCAACUGUGCAGCUUUUAAUGGACAAAUGUGAGCAUUAAAGUGAGAGAUGGAGGCAGGAAAUGUUCAGUAGGGUGUUCGAUCCAGCGGAAUACUUAUGAGACAGCGGAGGACGAAGAGGAAACGGACCACAGCCCUUUUUAAUGUUUUGAAAUCAAUAUUUAACUGAAGCCCUGCUUGAUCAUGGCCCAGUGGAUACACAUGUCCCAGAUGAUCCAGCGCCUGUCUGAUGACACGGUCAACAACCUCUAUCCCCCAACCGCCUUUCCCAUUGAAGUCAGACAUUUUUUAGCUGAAUGGAUUGAGAGCCAAAGAUGGGACGACUUUGCACUGGAAAAGGUGGAGCUGGAGAGCCAGGCUCAGACUCUGUUGGACCAGACCAUCAGCAUGCUGCAAUCCAUUUCGCAGCAGAAUGCCAACGUGGUGGACAGAUUGAAGUUGAUGCAGAUCAGCAGGAACAUGACCAUGCUUAAUCAGCGGCCUCUACGAUUUGCAGUAAUGGUCAAAGAAAUCCUGGCGAAGGAGAGGGUUCUGCUCGGCACGCUUCCUCAGACGCCCAGCAGUACUCCACAGUACCAACAGCACCAGAAUAGAGAGAACUCGUUUCCCAGCAUGCAGGAUGUAGACCACCUGGUUCUAAAGGUGUUGGAGGUCCAGGACAUUCGGCAGAAGAUGCACCAGCUGCAAGAAGAGCUCAACUGGGAAAGGCAGAACUUUGAGGGUUUACAAGGACCGAUCCAACAGAACGGAAUGGAUCCCAAGAAUUCAGAAAUACAGAAACUCCAGAAUCACAUCCAACAGUUGGAGUACAACGUGAAAGCACUGGCCACGAAGCGUUUCCAGCUGCUGAAGGAGUGUGUAGACUGUUUGGAUCAAUGUCAGACCCGACUGAUCAGCAGGCUGAAGACAUGGCGGUGGGAACAGCACAAGGCAACCAUCGGACAUCCCUUUGACGAGAACCUCCACCCUCUGCAGACCUGGUGUGAGCAGCUGCUUGGCGUGAAUGGGAAGCUGAGACAGGAGUUAAUGCUGAUAGGGGAACCAAUCCCAGAGCUCCAGGAGAGGCUGGGGAAACUUCUGCAGGUUCUGAUCCAAAGCUCUCUCGUGGUGGAAAAGCAGCCGCCUCAGGUCAUUAAGACCCAGUCAAAGUUUUGUACAACAGUGCGAUAUUUGCUGGGGGAAAAAGUUGCUUCUGGGAAGCCUGUUGUGCUGAAGGCGCAGAUCAUAAAUGAAAUGCAGGCCAGGAAUCUGGGCAGUGUUCCCGGCGAUAAUGUUGGGGAACUGAUCAACAAUACAGCCAUCCUGGAACACAACACAGUCAGCAAGAGCACGUGUGCCACCUUCAGGAACAUGUCCAUCAAGAAGAUCAAAAGGGCCGACAGAAGGGGAUCGGAGUCUGUGACAGAGGAGAAAUUUGCUCUCCUGUUCUCGGCAGAGAUCACCAUCACAGGCUGUGACACUCCCUACAGGAUACAGAUGAUCUCACUGCCGGUGGUAGUCAUUGUCCAUGGUAGUCAAGACAACAACGCUCUGGCCACCAUCAUAUGGGACUGUGCUUUUUCCGAAUCAGACAGAGUGCCGUUCAUGGUGCCGGAGCGCGUGCCCUGGAGGAUGAUGUACAGCACUCUCAACAGUAAAUUCACCUCUGAGGUCCAGACCAACCACAAUCUGGACCAUUACAACCAGCACUUCUUGGCCCAGAAGAUAUUUGACAAGCCAGAUUUUGGCGACGACUUCAGCAACAUUUUGGUUUCCUGGGGCCAGUUCAAUAAGGAGGUGCUCCCGGGCCGAAUAUUCACCUUCUGGCAGUGGUUUGAAGGAGUGAUGGACCUGAGCAAGAAGCACCUAAAGACCUACUGGAGCGAAGGGCUUAUAUUUGGCUUCAUUGGGAAGCAGCAUCUACACCUGAUUCUCAAAGACAUGCCCAACGGGACCUUCUUGCUUCGCUUUAGUGACUCUGAGAUCGGAGGCAUCACCAUUGCAUAUGUGUCUGCUACUGAGAAUGGGGGACAGAAAAUCCAGAACAUCCAGCCCUUCACCAAGAAAGAUCUUGAUAUCCGUAACCUUGGUGACCGCAUCCGGGACAUCAACGACAUAACAUACUUGUAUCCUGCAUUUCCUAAAGAUGAAGUAUUCAAAAGAUUCUACUCAGAGCCUCGAGCCUCACCCAUCGGGGGCUACAUCCCUGUGUCUCUCCAGACUAGAGUUGGCACAGAGGGCAGAGAGGGCAGCUCAGCCAUCCCCCUGACUCGUAGUAUGACCCCCAUCGCUGUAAGCCCAGCAAGUACUAUCUACUCUGUGAAUCAGUUCCAGCAGCCUUUAGGCCAGCAGGAGCAAGACAUGGAAGGUGAACCUAGUGGGGAGUUCUCUGGCUUCAAUGAUCAGGCAUCUACCAAUAUGGAUAUAGAUCUCGACAGUAUUUUAGAGAAUCUGCAGGAAUGAGGAUUUCCCAUUAAAGUUGUUUUUGGAGUGCAAAGCAGACAUUAGGAAGAGACCAGAGCCAACGUCGUCUGUCUCACCUUCAAAUAAAUAAAAAAGGGCAUGCUGACUUUCUUCCUCCCUAUCAUCCUCCAGAUAAAUCCAACUUUUGAGUAAAAAUGUAUGAGAUGUCUCUGCAAUACAACUUGUUGAGCUGAUGCUACGUGACAGCAGGAAAUCCUUUUAUGGACAAAGUCAAACGGAGAACUAAGGAACAGAAAGAAUCGUCGCUGCCCGCUGGCUCUUCUUGUUGUACACCUGUACACUGGUGGUUUUGGGAUUUUUGUUGAUUGCAUCAGUGUACAUCAGUAUGUGUGUUUUUAGCCAUGAUGAGGCAAGUAUUUCCCUCUUGUAUAUAACCCUUCCUAAGCCUCAGCUCAAGAAUUCUAUAAUGUUAUACACCCCUCCUACAGUAUACAUGGUAAGGACUUCCUAACUUAGACAAUGUUAUUAAGCCUAACGUGUUUUAUGAUAUAGUAAAGAUAAGUUACAUUAAAGGGACAAUAAGCUUUUCCAUAACCAUGCACUGUGAAACUAUACAACAUUGAUGGACACUUACAAUUCACUUAUAAAUAGCAGAAGUGGCAGUGUUGAUGGUGGUGGGUGAUGUUUAUAUUAUAUCUGCCUUCUUAAAUACUCGAUAAUGUGUAUUUUUUUGUUACAUGUGUUGUUCGUCACUCUCAGCCAAUAAUGCAUGACCUUAUGCAAACAAAUGAUUGGUAUCUGUCUAAAGUCUUUGGAGUGAUACAAAUCAUACAUAAAUGACCAGUGUAUGUCCAGACCUUUAUUCCUAUGCAAAUUCUCAAAUUAGAUGUUAUUUUAUGUCUUACGUGACAUUUGAAUGUUUCUUGGUGUUGGAGAGUAAACACAUGUUUGCUCAUGGGAUACAGAAUAAAGUGAUUAACAUUGCAGUUAAUAUGAUGCAUUGCAGGGUGAAGAACAAUAUUAGUCUGAAAGAGGAAGCCGUUUCUUUACUUUGUGGGAGCUUUAAAUCCAAAUGUGUACUCAUAUUAGCAGCCUUUAUCCACAGCAGCAUGUACGUCAAAUCCAUCUUCCUCAUAAACCAACUUUUGGAUUUCAAAGUCAAUGUUGUGCACGUGUUGCUAUAAUGAUGUGUUUGAAGUACAGUGUUGCAUGUUUGUUUUCCGGAGGAGAACCUUUUUAUCUUUAGAUUGACUUUUAGAUAAAUAGUUUUGGGGCUACUACUAUAAUCUAUUAAAAUGUUUAAUUGUGGUGACCAAUAAAGUCUCAGUGUUUCUCAAUAAAGAAACUUGUGAAAUGUA